ACAUAUACUGAAUAAACGUUUGUGUCAACAUAGGGCAAAUGUUUUGCGCUGGUUGCGGAUACGCUAACGAUUUAAACUUACUGGCGAGAAGCACAGAGCUCGUUAACACCUGGGCUGGUGGUUUUUAGUGAGCACGAUUUGGAGUGUACGUGCGUCAGUAGGAGGAAGUACGAUAACAACAUUUCCCGUACCGUUGGCUAUCACCUUGGUCUGUGAUACGUGCCCCUUUGAAUCGGCACGAUUCAUGCGGGUACGAAAAAUGAGCCAGACUGAAUCGAACCGCAUUGUGGGACGGUUCAAGUUACUGUUACACAUCCCGUGCAUCAGAUGCGCUAGCGUAAGCAUAUAGCAUUUGAAUCCGUCCUAUUACUCACUUUACAACAGAACGCCACAUCUCGGAGAAUCUACUACAAUAAACUGGAGCCUGAUAAGCACGAUAACUAUCAGUGAACAUCAGUGAGACAGGCGUAGCAUGCGCAGCAUCAUCUUGAGGAGGCGAUCCUACAGACGAACAGUGGAACUUAGUUCUGUCGCAAGUCGUGCGGCCAACAGCGGAUCGAAUAAUUUCGUCGACCGUCUCCCUCGAAACGUCCGGUGAUGGAGCUUGCAACGGUUAUGCCGGAUCCAACCAUGGAUCCGGCCGGUAUCACUCGCAACGAAGCGAAACUGCUGGCGAUCGUGGCCCUUGGCGCUGGUAGCUUUAUAUGUGGUGUUCUGCCGCUCUGUUGCUCGCAGCGUAACCGUGAGCGCUAUCCACGGCUGCUCUCGUUUCUGCUGUGCUUCGGAGCGGGCGUCCUGUUGGCUACGGCCAUCGUGCAUAUGCUACCAGAGAUCCGUUCGGCGUUGCAGCAGUACGCGGAGAUCGUGUUCUGUGGAGGGUUCUUUCUUAUGUACACCAUCGACGAGCUGAUGGUGCUGUGUGGUGUUGGAGAGCACAAUCACGAGGGCGAGAGUAGUGCAGAGCAAAGUACGGCAGUAGUCCGGCGACGGAACAGCCUGGACACGGAAUCGGAUGCCGCCAGUACGAUUAGCGGAGGGCGAGGAUAUGGUUCGAACGCCGAAACGGAAUCAUUGCUAAAAUUCCAGCAAAGAAGCAUAUCGGAAACGAAGUUGCCAGUUGCAAGUGAGCCACAUCCCGGACCAUCCAACAGCAAUCGUUGCGCGGCUCCGAGAGGAUCUGUUCAACCUUCGAACGAAGUGCAUCUGACCGGUGUGUUCGGGCUGCUGCUGGCACUCAGUCUACACUCGCUGCUGGAAGGGCUAGCGAUUGGAGUGCAGAACUCGCCCACCAAGGUCCUGCUCCUGCUUGGUGCCGUAAGCGCGCACAAAUUCGUCGUCGGUUUUGCGCUCGGUGUGGAGCUGUGUACGCACGGAUCGCGUCAUCGUUGCUCACACGUGCUGCAGGUGCUCACGUUUUCGCUCGGAUCGGUGGCCGGCAUCGGUAUGGGUAUGGGCCUCGAUGGUUUGAACGAAGCGUUGACCAAUGUGGUGAUGCCGGUCCUGCAGGGACUGGCCGGUGGUACUUUGCUCUACGUCACGGUGAGCGAGGUUUUACCGCGCGAACGACGCAAACGAACACGAAUCUCAGCAGGCGUUGGACCGCUGCAGCUGGUUGCAGUGUUGCUCGGGUUUUCGCUGAUGUCUGCCCUUAGCCUACUACUCACUGACGAAUGAAUCGUCACAGCUACUACAACGUUUUCUACUUAAUCGUAUUCGACGGAUAUUUUAGCAGUCAUGGAGCCACAAAAUGGAACUGGAAUAGAAAAACAAAUAAGAACUGAUCUAAAGAUGCCAAAAGAGAUAGAAAUAUGCAUGAUCACUUGCCUAAAUAUACAAAAGUAACCCUACUCUCUGGUGAGGGUUAGUCAUUUUUAUAAUAAAAUACCAUAAAUUAGUUUUAUAUCUCUAAACCAGCCUAUCGCUUGCUUAUCAAUUCAUUGUAUGCGAACAGAGUGUAGAAGAAAUGCUCCAAAAAUGGUUUAAAAUGGAUCACACCAUCGAAUUGCGGCUGUAAAAGCUUUGUAAAUCGGAACGAUCAGCUGUCUCACCGCUUGACCCAUUUUGGGGUAACCGGAUCAACCCAACAUCAGCUUGCAAACUCAUUUGCCUGAAAUCACACCGUUGUAGGUGAUGCGGAACGAUGUUGGCAAAAGAAUAUGAAAUUCCGGUUUUUCCGCUUUUUUCACACAAAACCUGCACCGCACUGGGAUCCCCGAAGCUCUUUGGGUUGUUUGUUUUGUUCGUGUCCUUGCGAAGAUGUUUUGCCUGCAAUC